ACGAGUCAUAAGCGGACUGAGACUGAGGAGAACCGUGCAAGAAUUGUAAGAAGACAAAAGGGAAUCAGGAUGCUGCGAUUGCGGUGCAAGGCCAAGAAUGGGACUCAUCUGAUGCAAGGCCUGACGCACCAGUCUUGUGUUCAGGAGCUAAAAGACAAGGUGGAGGAGCUGACAGGGAUCCCAUGUGACGUGCAAAAGAUCAUGGUAGGCUACCCACCCUCGAGCCUGGAUUUCCGCAAUGGAGACGCACAUCUGAAAGAUUAUCCUAUAAAAUCAGGAGACACACUGAUUGUAGAGGAAGAAAAAAACAAGCCUAAAGUUACCAAGCCGAAAUCCCCUCUCCUGGACUGCACACCAGUUCUGGAGCGGCGCACUGUACCCGCUGACAACUCCUGUUUGUUCACCAGUGUUAAUUACGUGGUGGAGGGAGGCGUGUAUAACGCAGCCUGUGCGCCCGACAUGCGCCAGCUCAUCGCCCACAUCGUAGCCAGCGAUCCCUCCGCCUACUCUGAGGCGGUCCUGGGGAAAAAUAACGAGGAAUAUUGUGCUUGGAUCUGCCUUAGUGGCACGUGGGGCGGCGCCAUCGAGCUCUCCAUCCUGUCUAAGUUCUACCAGUGCGAGAUCUGCGUGGUUGACACUCAGACAGUCCGCGUGGACCGCUUUGGGGAGGACGCUGGUUACGGCAAACGUGUGCUCCUCAUCUACGAUGGCAUCCACUAUGACCCCCUGCAGAUGCUUGUGCCUGGGACAGACUGCCCUCCGCAGACCAUCUUCUCCACUUCUGACGAUGUCAUUCUGGCGCAGGCGCUGGAGCUGGCCGACGAGGCGCGCCGCAAACGCCAGUACACGGACGUGAACCGCUUUACUCUGCGAUGCAUGACGUGUCAGACUGGUCUGGUGGGUCAGAUCGAGGCGAGGGAACACGCCAAGGAGACAGGCCACACCAAUUUUGGCGAGGUUUAAAACUCAGCUGCUCAUAAACGUCAAAUGUGUCUGUUACCACAAUGCUACAUGGUCUCAUGAUUUUACAGCUGUGUUUCAGUGCCGUUCUCUACCUCACGUUAUUCCGAUCCCCUUCCCUUUCAGUAUUCAACUAAAUGGAUGACACUGGCUAUUGACGUUCUCAAGUUUGAAGCAUUAAUUUGGUGUGUGUGUCUGUUGGUGUGCUUGUGUGUGAGCACAGUCAAGGUAUUGUAAUAACUUUUUUUUUUUUCAAAUGUAUUAGUAGCAGUUAAGUCUGUUGCCUAAUCGACUGAGCCUCGAUUCGAACCAAAUCAUGAGGGUGCUUUCACAUAUGCAGCGUUUAGUCAGUUUGAAUCGAAAACUGGUGCAGGUAAGAAAACAGCAAUCGCACUUGGAUUUGGACCAAAACAACCGGUCUAAGGGGCCUGGUGUGGUUCCAGUGAAAUUCCAGUGCAAUUCGAACCUGACUUGACUUAAAUACAGGAAGAAAUGAACCAGUCAUGUCAUGUGUUUUGGCUUACGGACAAUUUUUUUUUUCUUUUUUUUCUUUUUGUCUGUUUAGCACUUUGAGCUGCUAAAGUGAGUAGCAAACUGAGCCAAAGCAUGAAGCAGUAGUGCCACAGAAGUGUAAGGUGUUCUGGAGAAUGUAAACAGUUUACGCAAUACACACGUCUGUUGAUAUCUUGAAUGCGCCUCUCUGUGAUUUCUUAUGAUUUUUUUACAAACACUUUGGCAAGGGCUUGCUUACUUAUUUUGUCAUUCUAUACAUGUAACACCUUUAGCCGACGUUUUUUUGUUUUGAGUAUCAAUUUUGCUCUGAUUCAGACUCAAAACUGAUAGUAAACAUGACUUAAACACAUCACAAAAUAAAUUGUCAAGCUGUGUGAUUUAA